AUGGUAUUUAUUAGGGAGUAAUUUAGGAAAAUAAUUUUGGUUUUAAAAAUAAAGAAAUUUGAGAUAUUUUAUGAUUUAAAAAUAAGAGAAGUUGUUGAAAAAUGGAAAUAAGGAGGCAUUAGAUACAUAUCUAUGGAUAGAAAUAUAAAAUUAUUAUAAUAAUAUAAAUCAAUUUAGUUAGAGAAACAAUACUUUAGAAGAAUGGAUUUGCUUUCUUUUUCUUGUGUACGACCACAUACUAUCUUUUCUAAAACAUAUUACUUAAAAGUAAUGGACGAUGAAGUUAUAAUUUCUGCAGUAACCAAACAAUGUUAUUUUUUAAGUUCAACAAUUUCAAGAAUCCAAAAUAUUGUAUAGAACUCAAAUUAACAACAUAAAUUCUUUGGAAAAUGGGAAAGUAAAAUUUGAAAGCAUUUGGAAUAUUUUACCAGAAUAAAAUAAAAUAUUUUGAAGCUUCACAUGUUAAUUUAGAAUAAUUCAAAAAAUUGAUCGGAGGUAGAGUAAUUUAUAGAAAUAUGGCUUCUUUCUAUGAACCAGUAUAAUUGAUUGGGGAAGGAUUAUCAGCAAAGGUAUAUUAUUAGAUAAAUAAACAAUUAAUAGGUGUUUCAAAGCAUCGAGAAAUAGACAAAAAAGGCAGUAGCAGUAAAAAUGAUAAAACAAGAGUUUGGUAGAGAAGAACAGGCCUUGGUAAGUAAUUAAAUAUAUCUUAAUUAGGACAUAGUUAAAACGGAGGUAUAAAUAUUGUAGUCAGUCAAUCAUGAUAACAUUAUUAAGGUACUAGAAGUAUAUGAAAAUGAUUAAACCUUUUGGAUUGUAUAAGAGUUUGUAAAAGGAACUCCUUUAAGUGAUAUUUUAAAACAAAAACUACCAAAUGAAUAGAUAAAGAGGAUAAUGAUUGUAAAAUAACAGCAUAUAUCAUUAGGGUUUAUUGAAUACUGUAAGUUAUUUGCAAUCACUAAGAAUUGUGCAUAGAGAUAUAAAGCCAGAAAAUAUAAUAGUAUAAAAAGAUGGAUCAAUCAAAGUAAUUGACUUUGGAUUUGCUGCAAAUCUAAAAUUUGGUUCUGUAAGUAGUGUUUGUGGAACACCUGGUUAUUAUGCACCAGAAGUUCUUAGAUAAAAAGAAUCAAGUUUUAACUCUGAUAUGUUCAGUGUUGGAGUUGUAUUAUUCAAUUUGUAAAUAUUAAUUUAAUUCAUUAAUUUAGAAUCACUAAUCAACCUAUGCUUAAGUCUAAAAUGUAUAAUGCUUAACAAUAUGUUGCAGAUGAAGAAGCAGCAGAUUUGUUAAAAUUAAUGUUGGAAGUUGAUCCAAACAAAAGAAUUACAGCAUAAUAAGCACUUUAACAUCCUUAUUUUAAAGAUUUUUAAUAAUCAAAUGAGAAGACAGAUAAUCAAUAUUCAUCUGAAUAACAAAUAUUAAAACAAUAAUUACAAAUCAAUUAAUAACAACAAUAUUAAUAACCAAAAAAAAGUAAUAAAAGUUUAGAUGCUAAAACAAUUAAAUCUCUCCGAACUACUAACAUUAUGGAUUAAUGA